CGUGUACUUAUGCGAUAGCUCCCGUAUGUCCAAACGUCACGGACAUGGCUAAGAAGUCUUUCGAUGUUUUGUUCAAGCUCCUGUUGAUUGGUGACAGUGGGGUUGGCAAAACUUGUGUACUGUUUCGAUUUUCUGAUGACGCCUUUAACACGACGUUUAUUUCGACAAUCGGCAUUGACUUCAAGAUAAAGACAGUGGAAUUACAAGGGAAGAAGAUUAAGUUGCAGAUAUGGGAUACCGCAGGGCAGGAGAGGUUCCACACUAUCACUACGUCUUACUACAGAGGAGCUAUGGGUAUCAUGCUGGUGUAUGAUAUCACCUCAGAGAAGUCUUUUGACAACAUUUCCAAGUGGCUUCGAAAUAUUGAGGAGCAUGCAUCAGCUGGAGUUGAGAGAAUGUUAUUGGGCAAUAAGUGUGACAUGGCUGACAAACGGAAAGUGAGCAAAGAUCAAGGGGAACGAAUUGCAAGAGAACAUUCUAUUCCAUUUCUGGAGACAAGUGCAAAGAAUAACAUUAACAUUGAGGAAGCUUUUAUGAUGUUAACAGAAAAUAUUCUUAAGAAGGUAUGUUUAAUUGUAAUGUUAGAUUCUUUGACAUUGAAAGCGAUGUACGUGGAUCGUCUUCUAACAGUUUAUGAGGCAGUCGUCCCUAUGCAGGAAGACUUUCACGAAUGCCUGAGAUCACUGGUCCUUGCUAUUUUGGUUGCACACUACGCUGCACACUACUCCAGAAAUCCAGUGAAGGCUGAUAACAAACCAGAAACAGUACGAGUUACACAACGUGAUCAACCGAAGUCUGGAGGGGGAUGCUGCAAAUGA